GUACGUUUGUUUAUUUUACUGCCCUCGUGGGCUCUGUGUACCCCGCGUGUUAACCCUACGACUAGCCCGACACCAUGCUGCCAUUCCCUGGCCCCCUUUCAUACCUCGAUGGACACCUCGACCCGGUUUGCCGACGCCGACACCCGGUACCGUACCCCGCGCACCCUCACGAGAUGCUUUACGCGCCGGCCGAUCCGGCGUGUGCCUUCGACUGCCCGGACCACUGCCUCCGGCCACUCUUCGAUGGCCACGUGUCGCCAGCGGACAAUCUCCCCCGUCGGCUCCUCAAUCGACUGCUGUCUCUGCAGCUGCGGCCGGGCGACCUCAGCCCUGGGAUCUGGGCACGAUGUUUGCCGCAUCAGGACAGGCCUAGCCUUGGCCUUCGCAGGUGA